UAUGUUUUGUUUUUUUAAUCCUUUCACUUUUGAGGUCGUUAGCUGAUCCUCAGCUUUUAAUACAGGCGCUCUCCCGUUCACUAACAUUUUAUUCGGAACCAGUGAUUAACAACUCGUUAUGCUUUACUUAAAUGCCCCUGGCAUGGGCAUUUGUUAGCACAUGUAAUCUGUCGGCUCGCCGAUCAGAGGUAUUUUUCCGAGGUUAGUCCUAACGUGCAAGCCAAUACAGCUGACCGAUAUUGCAACCCUCUGUGCUCUGGCAGCGCUGGCUCUGGUUAUAUCGACAACCCCCUGCCAUGCACUGCUGGGCAUGGAAUCGCCCCCACAGGGCGUGCUGUAGGUAACAGUGCUGGCGGCCUCCUUGCAGUAAUGGUUCUGCUAAAGCAGCAACAGCUGAGCACAUUUGCUAGCUGAAGACAUUCACUCCAAGAGCAGAGGAUGAAGGAAGUCUCGAGGCACAGUGAUGGAACUGUACCAGGGUUCCGAAUGGUUCACUUUGAGUCUCCGCCACAUGCCAAUGCACUUCUUAAUGGCCUCAAUCUUUUGCGAGCCCGAGGACAGCUUCUUGAUGUGACUCUUAUUGCUGGUGGCCGAGAGUUCAAGGCACAUCGUGCUGUUCUUGCUGCCUGCAGUGACUAUUUUCGGGCUAUGUUCACGGAUGCUAUGCUCGAGAGCCGUCAGCCUGAGAUCUGUCUUAAUGGAGUCAGUGCCCAGGGUCUGCGAUGCCUUCUGGAAUAUGCAUAUACAUCAAGGCUAGUGCUCAGCUUAGCCAACAUUCAAGAUGUAUUGGCUACAGCAAAUCAUAUUGGACUGACCCCCGUCGUUGAAGCCUGCUCUUCAUACCUGCAAGAUCAGCUUGACUUAGAAAACUGCAUUGAUGUUGCUACACUUGCAGAAACAUACUCAUUGCGAAGACUUCGGAAACGAGUUUAUCGUUUUAUUUGUGCUAACUUGCACCAAUUUGCAAAAACACCAGAAUUUCAGCGGCUAUCAACAACACAAAUGGAGCAUCUGCUAGCCUGUGAUUUCCCUGUGAAUUGUCCUGAGGGGGAUGUACUUUCAUUUGUCCUCAACUGGGUUGCCUGUGAUCUAGGGGAUCGGCUAUCACAGGCACGCAAGUUGGUCUCUUACAUAAGUUUUUCAGAAAUUCCAGCAUCCAGGCUUGCUGAGUUAUGGGACUCCCCAGUGCUGCAGUGCCUUUUUUCGCGAAGGAUUCCUCCCCACCUGUCUGGCAUUGGCGGCCAACCACCCCCUAGCCUAGUGAAUACUCGAGGCAUGGAGCUUGUGUUGCUCAAGGUAGGAGGAUUUGGUUUGUCGGGUGUGACUAAUGAAAUUACAUAUUACUUGCCUAGUGCAGGCCGUUGGAAAUACCUCACCUCUAUUCCUCACGUAGAGCAGUGCAAUUUCGGCACAGCUGUUCUUGGGAAUGAGCUUUAUGUGGUGGGUGGCUGCUUCAACCAAAGCUUGCACCAGGAAAAUGUGCACCCAUUUGGUUUUCGUUACAAUGCACUCACUGGUGAGUGGUCAACUAUGGCACCCAUGCGCUGGGAGCGUUGUCGAUUUGCACUUUGCGUUGCUCGAGACCAUCUCUAUGCAGUUGGGGGUGCCGGUGAAGUGCUUGGUGAUGUUGACACUGCUGAGGAUGGAGAGGCCCAUUGUGAGCGUUAUGACCCGCACACUGAUGUUUGGAUGCCUGUCGCCCCACUUCCUGGUGCUCGAACUCAGCAUGCUGGUGCAGCCUGGGGCCCAUACUUGUUUGUUUCUGGAGGCCUCAAUGCAGAUUCAGUGCUCAACUCCCUUCUUCGCUAUGAUACUCGUACUGAUAACUGGGAAACAAUGGUGCCCAUGUCUAUACCCCGAGCUGACCACUCCAUGGUUGUUUACGGGGACCGCCUCGUGGUCUGUGGUGGUUGGUAUGAAGAUGCUGCAACGGGCACACGCGUCCUUGCCGAAUCGGUUGAAGCGUAUGACAUAGCUGCUAAUUCAUGGACUCCUGUCACAACAGUGCCAACGCCACGAUACCAUGCUGGUGUUGCAGUGCUUGGCUCGUGGCUCUACACAGUUGGUGGUUUCCACAGUGACACAACAUUUGACCGGGCAAGUGGAGUCGUCGAGAGGUUUGACUUGGAUGGCAGCCUUGGUUGGGAGGAAGUGCAGCCUUACCCACAGGAUGUAUGGGAGCAUGUGUGUUGCACCCUGUUUGUCCCUCGCUGUAGAGAUGACCUUGAUGUCAUCUCAGACAAGACCUUAAUGUGAGUUCUGGCAUUGCAGGGCGUGUUCCCCCGUUUGUGCCACAAAGGAGAAAGCUAUUGUGUAAGGAUUACUGCCUAUAUUUUUUAAAUUUUGCAUGCAUUUAGUUUUCUUUUUUUCCCUCAAGUAGCACGCUUAAUGUUGGAUUGUUAAGGAUUUUUCAUGGACUUGCCAAAGACAGUUGCCAGAGACAAGGUUGUAACUUGAAAUAUAGCAGGUGCUCAUGCAUGCCAGGAUGCAAAUUUUGACACUUUUGUAUUAGUGAGAUGCUGCAUUUACUUUCCUGUGUGACCUGCUGUGCCUUUUGUGCUGGAUCAAUAUAGUAGCGUGUACACCAUUGUGGUUGCAGUUUUCCGGGUGCCAGCAUUUUGAAUGUUCAGCCAUUAGAGAAGCAUUCUUAGUGAUGCAUUUGUUGACUGUAAGAAAGUGCACAUGCAAAGCAUAUAAAGUUUGCUGCUGUUCACACCAGAUAAAAGAUACCUGUUAGAGAGGACUCGGCUGCUUGUGAAUGCUUUUAUGGUAGCUGCACUUAAGAUCACUUCUAAGACUAAGAAUUAUGCGAUCUUUGUUUUUAAAAGAUGUAAAUUCAUGUUACCACUUUGCUGCUAUACCUAUUGCAUCUAAAUAUUUUAUGAGCAGUGGAACCGAAUUGCUUACAAGUAUCAUUUCACAUAAUUUUUUAGCAAUUAUUUAUGUACACUAGUUUUGUUUGGAGUUGUUACUUAUUAUCAGUGUUACCUGACCACAUUGAAAAACUGUGUUUUUACUUACCAUGUUAACUAAUGACAUGGUGUAAACUUAUGUGAUGAGGUACUUUUAGACUAUUACUGGGUUUGCUUUUUUUUUUAAUUAAGGGUGUACUGCAUUAAGCAGUAGAAUCAUUUACCUUUUAUUUCUAGUGCUUUUAUAGCAGUGUGCUCAAAUCUUUUUGAAAAGCUAUGCAUAUUUUUUGGCUGUGUUUGUGUGUGUGUGUGCUUGCAUGUGUGUGCACUGGUUUAAGUGUUUGGGGGAUCACAACGUCUUGAUUCUUUAUCUCUAAACUGAAUUGGCUUCCAUUUAUUAUUCAGUAGAUGAGAUGAAAGAUGUAAUAUAUUUUAAUUGGAAGUUCUUUUCACAGUUGAAGAAAAAACAAAGGCAACUUAAAUUAUGAAUAAUCACUCUCAAUGAUAGCGAUGUCCCAAAAUGUGUAGCAAUUUUCACUGUGCUUGCCAGCAAGUUCUGUGCAAUUUCUUACAAUAUUUCAGAAAUAUUGAUCAGUCUACACCUCCUCUCCAUUGGCUUUUGCUGCAUGCUAUCGUGCAAAAUUUCUAUCCGUGAUUGAAUCAUUUGUCUGGCUUUUUUUAGCUGUUUCUCUAAAAUUUUUAACUAUAUAAAUCUCAAGUGAUUCUGAAGGGCAGGUGCUCCUUGCGAUUGUUUUCUUGGCCUGUCAUUGCAUUUUAGACAAUCAAAACAGUUGGGUUGGUGCAGUGCUGUCAUGGGGCUUCGAGAAUGGAUGCACAGCCGGUGAAGCCUGUGAUGUGCAGCAUGGACAGCAUGAAUACACAUCCUAAGUAUAACUGCUGUCAUAGUAAAACUAAAUAUUAAUUGCUGUUAUUGUAAUCAAUUGAAAUAUUAAAACAGCUUACAAGGUUUUACUUCAGUGCAUUUUGGCUCAACUGAACUGGGGAUGAAUGACUUGCAUAACCUGAAAUAAUUUGGCUGAAUUGAAGAUGGAAGGCUUUCAUUGCAUGGAGUAAUUGUGCACUGUUAAGGGCUGAAUUUUGUGGAAUUGUAAUGAAGUUAAAACCAUUAAGAAAAGUGUACUGCAGGUGGAUCAUACUAGAAAAAGCAAUAUAUAGGCAACUAUCCUAAAAAUGAAAGAUUUGAACUGUCCGUGCUGCAUCUUGUGCCUAAUCUUAAAUACUGGAUAGCAUAGAUUCAACACAGCACAGAGAAAGAACUUGGUCCGUGCUAUACGGUGUUUGAGAUUAUGAACCAACUAACCCAGCAACGAAUUUUGUUAUGCAUCCUGUGCUUUGAUAAUGGAACUACCAUACUAGUUGUCAUCUCCUGCUCUGUGUCUGAGUGGUGUUCAUUUCUCUGGUGGAACUAUUCUUAUCUCAGCAAUAUUGUUUGUUAGUGUCAGUAUUGUAGGUCAUUUAGAGAAGCAAAAGAGGUUACUGAGCUCUCAUAGUUCUGUAGAGCAUUGUACAUGCAGCAGGAGCUCAUAAAAUCCAUAUUAUUGGUAAAAUAAAUUCAGGCAUACAGAACAAACAUCAAAAUGAGUGCACGUCUCUCUUGCUUCAGCAGAAUAUGAUAACAUUGUCAUGAGUAGUACUAUGGAACAACCCUGGUAUGUCAAAACAGUAUGUAGCAGCAUCGAUUUGGAAAGUUGGUUGAAGCAUGAGAAGUGAUCUGCUUUCUCCAUUUGAAGGGACUUGAUGCCAAGGAGAUUCAUGCUGAAGUGGUGGCAACGUAUGGUGGCAAUGUUCCAGAUUAUGGCGUGAAAUGGUGCAGCAGACUUUAAUAUUGUCAAACAAGCCACAGUGACAAAGAACAGAGUGGCUGACCAUCACUUGAUUAGGAAUGACAAGCUGACAUGCAAGUGGAGGCUCGAGUGUUUGCUGACUGGAAUAUAAUCUGGAAAAAUAUUUGCAGCAGCUUAGUAUGUUGGCUCGGAUUAUGAACCCACACGUCUCAUUGCUUAAUCUUGGUUCAUUCAUGGAUACAAACUUUACGAAAAUCCUUUGUAAUGUGGCAGUGUUAAGAUCUGGUUUCCAUUAAAAGGCCCCUUGCCAGGCUCUAUUGCACUCUUUAGUAGGGUACUGGAAUUUAUAAGUGUUUCAUUUAGGAAGCCUAUGAGCAAAAUAAUUUUUCAAAUCUGUUUAUUAUUGGAGAAGAUAAAAAUUAAACUGUCCUGUUACCAUACUACAAAUGCAAUCUCUCCUCCAAUUCGUUGGCAAGUUUCUGUAGGCGGCGUCCCUUACCUGCCUUCUCCUCUGUACCAGAGUCAAGGGACCACGCUACAUUCACAUCGCAUCCACGAUCGCUUGUAAGAGUAAAAAUUUCUGUUAUUUCUAUUUUCAGCAGUGGCAUUGCAUGUCAUGCAUUUAUUGACUUGAAUGACGUGCUGUUGCCAAUCACAUUGCAAGCACUGCAUGUUGUGUAGGGAAUUUGUACAUGUUUUCCUUGAAGCCAGUCAAACUGUGGCUUCCUUGAGAGGAAGGAAAAACACAGCCUUCUGUUCGAAACUUCGAAUAUUUUUCCACCAUGCAGCCAUAUCAUACUUCUUAGGCAUGAUCACCACCACAUGAUGUAUGUGCCACACUUAUCUAUUUGCCGAAGCCUGGUGAAGGGCACUUUAAAUGUUUUUUUUAUUUUUCUCUUUCUUUUUGUAGUGGCCAUCUGAGAUUUUAUAGUGAAUUACACUCUUGUUGCUGAAGCAUUUGGUUUCUAAACUCCGUGUAUUUUAUGGUAUCUCGGCAGUAUUCCCUAUCUGCUCAUGGUCAUCUGCAGAUCAUGCAAGUGACUAUGCUUUAAUGGUUUGUUGACUGCUGCACUGAUUUCUGCCAACGCAAAGUGGUUGCGUUCAAAGUUCUGUGAACGUCUCUAAUUGUGAUAGAUGAAAGAAAGAAAACUGGCACUUAUGUGCUUAGUGAUUGAUAUCUUUAGUGCAUAGUAUUUAUUUUCUUUACACUGUUUUUGGUGUUGCAGAGGUCACUUAGAGUACUGGGGUUUGUAUGACGCAUUGAGUUAAUGUUGACUUGUUCACUUACAAUAUGCUUCAUUGACUGAUAUUGCUUUUAGUUUUUGCUUUCACAGGUGCAAAUUAUUGCUCACUUUUUGAGAAGACGAAGUUCAGGUUUUCUUCAAGUUAUAUUUUUGAUAGUGGACUUUCUUAGGGCAUCGGACGCAUUAUUCGAAGGUCGCAAGUUCGGUCCCUGCCGGCGGCAAGUUAUCUUUUUGUCCACUUUACUUUCUUCACAUUUAUAUCCUAAUUAUUACUAAUAGCAUCUCCUAGACUUUCUUUGUCAUUAUUGUCUGUUAGUUCUCAUUAAUAUUGUGUCUAACAAAGAAAAACAAGCCCUUAAAAAAGUCAUCUUCUUUUCUUUAUUUAUAGUGGACUUACAUUUCAUUGAAUGUAGCUUUUGUAAGGAAUAAUUAGGUAUUAAUGUCCUUUGUUCUUUCUUGAAUGCUAAUGCGAGUUGCUUCUUGCUCUUGAUUCUUCUGGUCAAGGUGCACUAGGAUACUUCACAAAAAACGAGCUAUACACAUUUGAAAAAUUAUUGAAUAUAUUCUUGUGUUGCCAGCAAAACAAGUAUACAUUUGGUAGAAUAGUUGAGGCAGUGGAUGGGUAUAUUUUCAUUUUUAUGAGAACUAUUCUUUGAUACCUCUGCUUUUUUGGCUAUCACUUAGAAUGCAAGCCCUUUGUUCAUUUCAGUGGCUUCAUAAUCAGGAAGGUCAAAUGUAUGGUGAUUAUUAGUCACAAUGAAUUAACUUUUGAUCUCUUAAUAUUUUAAGUUGACAUUUCACUUAACAAUGACCUGAAAGAAAAAGAAAUUCUCAUAGUGUGUCAUGUUGUGAACUGCGUAGAGGUCCUACCUAUCAUAAAAUAUAUUCCAACACUGACAUAUGGUGUAUUACGUAUGCAGAGUUGGGUGAUGCUGUGUUGUGUAAUUGACAAAAACGUUCUUGUCAUAAUUAUCGUUUUUCUAAAAUGCUGGCUUAGUUAAGGUUUGGAUUGAGUCCAAGUAGCUGACUGAUUGGACACAAUUAAUGUUUCUCUUUUACAUUUUUGAAUAUUUGUCACCAACUCUUCAGUGAAAAGCAUACACCUGUAAUCAUUCUGAACAUUGAUUAAUUCAAAACAUGUAUGAUGUUUGUGUGUGUAAAGACAAAGGCCUUCUUUGGUGAUAACAAAGACCUUAUAUUUUAUAUUUUGUGUGGACUAAAGUGUCUUGAUAAGAGCAAUUAUGUAAAGAUUGUUUGAGAAUACCUCACCAGGUUUGCAAUGUUUAAAAGGUCGAACUGUUAAAAACUGACUCCAGUUUCAAUGUCAGAGAGCACAUCCUUUUGAAGCAGUGUGAUUGCUUUCGUGCUAGGACAGUUACUGUGUACAUUUUAUUUUAAAGCACACUGAAAAAACUUGUUCAGGUUGCUGCUAUAUCAGUGGUUCUCACUGAAGUGUGCUGUAUUUGGUGACUGUGUAAAUAGGUAUAGCCCACCUAAUCAGCUGUCAUAUAUGACUUUAUAAAAAAAUAAACUUAAUGGAAGCAUCCCCAGAUGUAUAGUUUCGUAUGCGCAUAGUCGCUAUGUAUUUCUUCAGCAGUUAUGCAGAGUAGUUUCCCCCUUGCCCUACACGAUGUAGAUAAGUCAAUAGAAAAGGCUUGUUCACUGUGGUAGACGUUUUGAAUUGAAUGCUCUUUCAACUUGUGUCUGUUCACUGCAGUCAUUCUUUGAUAGUACACUUAAAUUUUAGGCACAAUAUUUUCUACACCUUAGUAUUUUGUACACUUGGAAUUGUACGUAAGUCUACCAUGGUGGCACAAUGGUUACGGCGCUCGGCUGCUGACCUAAAAGACAUGAGCUCGAUUUGCUGCAGCAGUUGCAUUUCGAUGGAGGCGAAAUGCUGGAGGCUCAUGUACUGUGCGAUGUUAGUGCACAUUAAGGAACCCAGGUGGUUGAAAUUAUCCAGAGCUCUGCACUAUGGUGUGCCUCAUAAGCAUAUCAUGGUUUUGCCACUUAAAACCCCAGAAAUUAUUAUUGUGCUUAACAAACUUCUGAAAAAACUGUCAGUGCGAUGCCACAUUGUGAAAGGUCUGAAAGUUGCAAGCUGUCUGUGUACUGCCACAGCUCAUAGGCCCCUAUUCAUAACUCGAGCUAUUCAAAAGGCUAAAUGUUAUUUCACCAAGCUGUGCUCGUUUCUGAGCAUUGACAGUGUGUGUGCUUGCUCUUACCUUCACGAGAAUUUGGCUUUAGUUUUGCUGUCGCAAAGACCCAUAACUGUAGUAGCUCCAACAUCAGCUGGCAAGCUCUGCCAAAAGGCACUUUGGUAUUUACACUUUUGCAACAGACUGUACAUUCAGUGACAGCCAAUAAGUCAUUGUUUUCAGCUAAGCACUUGUGAUAGGAGGCUUAAAACGUACCUUCAGACAAAUUUAGCUGCUUGGAUUAUUCAUCCAUUUUUUGCAAGCUCAAUAAGUAUAUCCAUGCUAAAACUUUCACUCCUAAUUGAAAAACUGAUGCUUUCUUCUAUUGCGUCUACAGUCUUGUAUCACAUGAACACAUUUGUGCCAUUAAGCUAGGUACUGGUGCAGAUGCAUUAACUGCUGUUGGCAGCUCAAAUGAACGACUUUUUUUGGUGUGUGUGUGUGCCAGUCCAGCUUUUCCAAGGAAUGUGUGCCUUUCUUUUCAGCUUCCUGUCCUUAGCUUUUGCUGAUCCUAUUGCACAUCACAUGCCCUAGUGAUUGAUUACUACAUGUUCUGUGCUUUUCUUAUCUACCUGCAUGUUUUGCUGUAUGCUGUAAAAGGAUACUGUGAUACUAUUUAUUAAAUAUUGAAAGUUUACUUCUCAUAA